AUGACAAAGGAGGUGCAGUGUGACUGUAGGAAGUUUGAGACAAGUGGCAUACUUUGCAAACACUGUAUUAGGAUUUUGGAUGAAAACUUAGUUGAAGAUCUACCAGAGAAGUACGUUGUAGACCGUUGGAGGAAGGACAUACCUCGGAAGCACACUAGGGUGAAGGUGGCCUACCAUGAUCCAGGGGACACGGUCAAUGUGAAAAGAUUCAACCAAAUGAUGCAAAAACUCGAGCCCUUGUGUGAAACCGCUGCUAUGGUGGACGAUCAAACCGUCCAUAUGGUAAUUGAAACACUGUUGAAGCUACAAUCAGCUGUCAAUGAGCGUAGGGACAUGAAGAGCAAGGAAAUUGUUGCUGUAGUCAGUACACUGACAUCAACCAGUGAAGGCAAAACGUUUUCCUCAAUUAGGAAUCCUGCUCCUACUGUUACUUCCGUAGACUCUUGUCCGACUUCCAUGGACCUUGUUAUCAAGGACCCUAUAAUUAAGAAAAGGAAAAGGGGCAGGCCUAAGGUUUCAAGGCACAAGACUUUAGCUGAACCCGGCUACAAGAAAACCAACAAGAAUAAGAAGCCUAGCCCAGAGCAAGUAGGAAAUGUUGUUGAGGAGGAUGCAGCAAACUGUGUUCAGGAGGAUGAUGGAAAUGGUGCUGAGGAGGAGGAUGGAGCAAAUGGUGUUGAGGAGGAGGAUGCAGGAAAUGGUGUUGAGUAG